AAUAAUAAUUAUAAUUAGGAUAUUUAUUAAUGCACUUCUUUCGUAACCUCCGACUCUUCUCUCUCCAAACAAACAAAACGACGCCAACGCCACCGCAACAAACAAACAUAUAUGCUCACAACUCACAGCAAACAGAAGAAAGAAAAGAGAGAGAAAGAGAGAGAAGGAGAGAGAGAGAGCUUUGUAACCGAUUCUACAAUGGAAUCUGAGUCCCAGAUCUUCGAGAAACCCUAGCUUUUUUCUUCAAGAUUCUCUCCCAUUCCUCCAAGAACCGCUUCUUUCUCUCUCUUCACUUCACCUCCGUCGCAGUACCUCUUUUGCUCGUCUUCUUCUUCACCUUCGUCUCCGAUCGAGCUCUUUCGUCUUGCUCGGCGAAGUGCCAGAAGCUCCGGUGCUCGCUCUUACAGCUCUGCAAUAUUUCGGCGGUUCGGUGCCGUGGAUGAGUAUUAUGGACGAUAGAGGAGGCUCAUUUGUCGCUGUUCGGAGGAUUUCUCAAGGUCUCGACCGUGGCAACACCUGCCAUUCAACUUCUGCUGAGGUUGUGGCAGGAUCAGCAGCGUGGCUUGGCCGAGGUCUUUCUUGCGUCUGUGCACAGAGAAGAGAGAGUGAUGCUCGUCCUUCCUUUGAUUUAACCCCUGUCCAGGAGGAAUGCCUGCUGAGACUACAGAGCCGGAUAGAUGUUCCCUAUGACAGUUUAGUCCCUGACCAUCAGGAAGCUUUGAGGGCCUUGUGGAAUGCUGCCUUUCCUGAAGAAGAACUUCGUGGUUUAAUAUCUGAGCAAUGGAAGGAAAUGGGUUGGCAAGGGAAGGAUCCAUCAACAGAUUUUAGGGGUGGUGGUUUUAUAUCAUUGGAGAAUUUGUUGUUCUUUGCUAGGAAUUUCCCGAAAUCUUUCCAGGAUCUUCUUCGAAAGCAAGAAGGUGAUAGGUCCGUGUGGGAAUACCCAUUUGCCGUUGCUGGUGUGAAUAUAACAUUCAUGCUUAUUCAGAUGCUUGAUCUUGAAGCCGUCAAACCACGAACAUUGGUGGGAGCUACUUUCUUGAAGUUUCUUGCAGAAAAUGAAUCAGCGUUUGACCUUAUAUAUUGCAUCACAUUCAAGCUAAUGGACCAUCAAUGGCUUUCUAUGCGUGCAUCAUAUAUGGAUUUCAAUACGGUGAUGAAAUCCACACGCCGGCAGUUGGAAAAAGAGCUUCUGUUUGAAGACAUAACACGGCUGGAAGACUUGCCUUCUUAUGGCCUUCUUUCCCGAUAGCGUUGAAGCUUCUUCUAGAAUCUAUAAAAUGGUCUGUCACAGCUAGUUACAUGAUCACCGGAAACGCUGUUAUUUCUAACUGGAUGGUGUUUGUACAUGACAUGAUGUUUUCCAAAAUUUGCUUGCUGCAAGUCUGCAUAUUGUCAUUGAUUCUUGGAAAGGGUUUUGGUGUUUAGUGGAUCGAGUUUGUUAGAAGCUGGAACCAAGUGUGAUGUGAUUCAGGUUUGAAAUACGGAAUAUAAUCUCGUAAAUUUGGGGUAAGACCAGAGCAAUACUACUCCCAGUUCUCCCACGGCCAACGGGAUGUUAUACAUAUGUGUAGAGGUAUGAUUGGUAAUUUGGUACCAUAUCUAGGAAUGUGGAAUGGAAUGGGAUUCAGUUUGGCUUUAACUUUUGAGUGCUUUCUGAAAUAUUAUUAUUUGACCAACUGAGAAAUGAUCCUUGGUGGGCACGGUACUCUUAUGCCUGAAAGCCCUCCGGUUUAAAGUCUUGUAUUUCUGCCUGACAAAUGGAGAUGGAAAUUGUUCUCUCUUUUGGACAUAUGCAGAAUGAAUCUUCUUUUUUCUUUUCUUUUUUCCAUCUAGUUUGCGUUUUAAUUGCGAAUAGAAUUUUGGGGUUG